AUGACCAGUUCCUCCACCCCAGACGAGGUCCCUCCCCGGACCUCCAGCCCAGCCGCCGCCCCUGACUCAGAGCCAGAGCCAGAGCCAGAAUCAGAGCAAGACACAACCCAACCCGCAACCACCUCCGCGACAGCAACCGCCCCAGCCUACUCUCCCAUCUACGCCACCGCAGAACCCAGCGACCUCCCAACCCAAGCAACCAACUCCCUGGACACCCAAGUGCCAUUGACACCCGCAGCAGCCACUACCACCAUCACAACUGCCACUGAAGACCCUCCAGCUUCAUCUACAUCUACAUCUACAUCCCCACCACCACCCCAACCAGGCGCCCACCCUAUCCCUCCCCCAACAUCCUCCACUGACCACCCAGCUCCAACAUCCACCUCAGAGAAUCAUUCACCACCUGCGCCCAAACCAGCCGACCCUCCUCCUCCUCCACCAACCAUCACACCAGCACCCGCACCCACAGCAUCCUCCUACACCCCAACACCCCCAUCCAGCCACCCCCACCCCCAAAGCUACAGCUACAGCUACAGCUACGGCAGCUACCGCCCACCAACCCAAACCUCCAAUUCCAUCCCUAACUCGACCACAACACCUUACGGCUCUCUCUACCAGCCUCCCACAACAGCUACCACGACGGCCACUACGACGGUGACUUCUGCGGGGGCACAGCUGCCACUGCAUUAUGAGCCGGAUGCGUCGUCGUCGGGGAGGGUGGAUCUGGGUGAUGCGGAGGGUGAGGAUGGAGUGUGGGGGUGGAUGAGGUGGGCGGGACGGAAGUUGGGCGAGGUGGAGGCGGAGGUGUGGAGGAGGAUUAAUGAGGUUCAUGAUCGGUGA